AUGGGGCUUUAUCUAAGGAAGUCUAUAUGUAACAACCCACAGGUAUCUCUCGGCCAUCUCAGAAGGUUUGUCUCCUUUGUCGAGCAUUGGAUCACUGACUCUGUUACAGCCCCGACACCACUCAACCCUAAUGUUCAUCUGACUCUGUCCGAUGGAACUUCUCUCGAAUAUGCCACUCUUUGUUGUCAACUUGUUGGUAACCUAAUUUAUCUAACUGUGACUCGUUCCGACAUUGCAUAUGUUGUUCACAUUGUAAGUCAGUUCAUGGCUGCUCCUAGAACAAUUCAUUUUACUAUUGUUCUCUAUAUUCUUCGCUAUGUUAAGGGGACUCUAGGACAUGCUCUUCAGUGUUCAUCCCAUUCAUCCCUGAUCUUAUUUGGCUACUCUGACGCUGAUUGGGCUGGUGAUCCUAUUGACCGGUUUUCUACUUCGGGUUAUUAUUUAUAUCUUGGUGGCUUUCUUAUUUCUUGGCAGAGUAAGAAAAAGAAUGUUGUCUUUCACUCUAGUACGAAGUCUGAAUAUCGCGCCUUGGUUGAUGCUACAUUAGAGUUAUUGUGGCUCUGCUGGUUUCUUGUUGAUAUGGGAGUUCCUCUGUUGUCUGCCACUACCCUUCACUGUGACAACAUUUAG